AUGAACUCUUUACCAGACCAUAUCCUGCACCUAUUGAAGACAUCGAAGUAUGUUCACCUGGCGACUGCAUCAUCUGAUGGUGUACCUUCUGUAUCCUUGAUGAACUACGCCUACCUCGCACCGGAGAGCUCCGAGACAGAAGGGGACACGCACUACAUAGUAUUUGCGACAUCUGCUGUCACUGAGAAAUACAAGAAUAUCACCACCAAUCCAAAUGUUUCCUUAUUGAUACAUGACUGGGUCACUGCUAAGAAGCUAUCCUUGAGAAAGAAUAGCACGUCUGCUUCGCUCUCAGGGGGCGCGGGUUCGGAGGCUGAGGAAGCUCCGAGCCGUCUUCUGAAUAUAUUACAAGAGUUAAAUCAGUCGGAGCUUUCUCAGAUGAGUGCUACUCUUAAAGGGCUUGCAGAGGUUAUCGAUUCUUCCUCUCCAGAUUUCGUGUUAUACCGGGAUGCCUUGCUCAAGGCUAAUCCUGAUGCCAAGUGCUUCGUCCUGGGGGACGAUGUGGUUAUAGUCAAGGCCCAAAUUACUGGUGCCAAGGUUUCCGAUACCAGCAAUAACACUGCUAUCUACUAUUAG